AUGGCAAGGGAAAGACAGCAGAGUCGCGUUUUUGACGAUGCGGCUCAUCUGGCAUCAAUGGGCCACAAGGCCGAGCUCAACCGCCACUUCAGUCCGCUGGCAAUGCUCGGGCUUGCCUUUGCGAUCCUGAAUUCGUGGACAGCUCUAUCGGCAUCUCUGUCUCUGGCGCUUCCCAGCGGAGGACCAACGUCAGUCAUAUGGGGAUUGAUCACAGCUGGAAUAUGUAACUUAUCACUAGCAGCUUCAAUGGCUGAGUUCUUGUCUGCCUAUCCAACCGCUGGUGGCCAAUACCACUGGGUCGCAGUUAUCGCCUGGCCAAAAUGGCGUCCACUACUGUCUUGGAUUACUGGUUGGAUCAACGUGUCCGGAUGGAUCGCCCUCGUUGCAUCCGGAGGUCUGCUAGGAAGUCAACUCAUCGUUGGAGUCAUCUCUUUUACGAAUCAAAAUUACGUGCCGCAACGCUGGCAUCAAUUCUUGAUAUACAUUGGCUAUAAUCUAGUUGCGUUCUUGCUCAACGCCUUCGGCAACUCGCUGCUUCCAUACGUUACGAAAGGAGCUUUUGCAUGGUCGAUUACCGGAUUCGUCAUCAUCUCUAUCACGGUACUCGCAUGCGCAUCUCCCGAUUACGCUAGCGGCAAGUUCGUCUUCACCGAAUUUAUAAACGACUCCGGCUGGCCAGGAGGAAUUGGCUGGCUUCUCGGGCUGCUGCAAGCAGGUCUCGGACUGACUGGCUUCGACGCAGUAGCCCACAUGAUUGAAGAGAUUCCCAAUCCACACGUAGAGGGACCUCGAAUCAUGAUCGCAACGGUCAUGAUAGGAAUAUUUACAGGUUUCAUCUUCCUCACAUGCCUACUCUUAGUGAGCGGCGGGUCAGCCAAUGUACAGAAUAUAAUUGGAUCCGCUGCUGGUCCUCUACUGGCCAUCUUCUACAAUGCUACUGGAAGUAAAGCUGGGUCGAUCUGCCUGCUCAUGUUCCCUCUCGUCUGCCUGCUCUUCGCCACUAUAAGUAUCAUGACUACAAGCAGUCGCAUGACUUACGCUUUCGCCAGAGACGGUGGACUCCCAGCGAGUCGGUUCUUCGCAAAAGUCCACUCGAAACACGAGAUGCCACUCAACGCGCUCAUCCUGACCACGAUCUUGGUAGUCAUCUUCGGUUGCAUCUUCCUAGGCUCGUCCAGCGCCUUCAACGCCAUCAUCUCAGCUUCCGUCGUAGCACUCGGCGUGUCCUACGCCAUCCCUCCGGCCAUCAACUGCCUCCGAGGCCGCAAGAUGCUUCCACCACGACCAUUCGUCCUGCCGGGUCCGCUUGGCUGGAUGUGCAAUCUGCUCGGCAUAGCCUACGUGAUCGUGACGACGGUGCUCUUCCUCUUCCCGCCCACCUUACCCGUCACAGGGAGCAACAUGAACUACUGCAUCGUCGCCUUCUUCAUCGUCAUCGUCAUCAGCGUCGUGCAAUGGUUCGUCGACGGCCGCAAAAACUACAAGGGUCCCGUCGUCGAACUCGUCGGCGAAGGAGAAGAAGACCAAGUCGUUCACGCCGCCGACAAUGAUGAAUUCGACGAUAAAAGAGGUGCCGCGGUCGAACGGUAA